AUGGCGAAAUCGAAAAAGAGGUCUUCGAAAGCUGCAGCCGCAGCCGCAGCCGCUAUGAAACAAGAAGAAACACCGGGCACACCGAUAUCCACCUCAUCUAUUCCGGCCGCUGCUUCUAUCAAACCCGAAUCAAGAACGGUAUCACCUUCACCGUCUCUUCACAAUACACUCACAAUAUCUGGUCCUAAAUUCGAUUUUGAUGGAGGCCUAAUGCAAGAGGAACCGGAGUUCGAGGAAGAUUUUAUACCGGCUGAGGGAGAAGAGAUAGAUCUAACUUCUCUUGCUGUUCCUGCACCUGCACCCGCGGAAGGAGAGCAUUCGAAUGGUGCCAAUCAAAAGAGGCCAAUGGAGGACGAUGAUAAUAUGGCUGUUGGGUUUGAGGACGGACCGACGAGGAAGAAAACACGACUAGAUGAUGGAGAAAUCGAAACCCCUGGCUCUGCGACUACAACACCUAUCAACUCUACUGUUCCGGCCGACAAGCUAUCACCUCAACUAUGGACUGAGAUAUUUACGUACAUUGGUCUUCCGUCUAUUGGCAAACUGAGAGUUGUAUCGAAACGCUUUGUGGAGCUGCUCGAUAAAGAACAUAUUUGGAGACGGUGUAGAAAGAUCCAUUGUCCCGAUAUGCCGAAACCGGCGUUUGGAAUGAAGGAGUGGGAUAUGUGGAGGCUCGUUAGGGGAACCGGGUGUAUGAUGUGUAAUAAAUUUGAGGGGAAGGUUCGGGGACAGGAUGGGAUGAAGGUUUAUUGGCAGUUCAAGGUUCGGUGUUGCGAAGCUUGCUUCAGAACGAAUGUUAUUAAGGAGGCCGAUUUAGUGGGAAAAUCAGAUGAACAGAUACCUGUGAAUGUUAUGAAGGAAUUGGUGUCAGCGUUGCCUUAUGGGCUCGUCGACUCUAAAUUUGGAUGGGUACCCACGACUAUACCUAAUCCUCAGGAUGUGCAGAAAGUAUAUUGGAAACAAGAUAUUGAGGAGAUCAAAGCUCGAUAUGACGAAGCUUUGCAGAUGGAUGCAGCUGAAGAGUGGUUGAAGGGACUUGAAGGUGAAGGGCACGGACAUAAAGCUGAUGCUGAUCGAAUGGAGAAAUGGGAAGUGAGGGUUAUGCAGGGUAAUUCGUAUAAUCCCUCCGUUGGACUUUCACAACAGAUGCCGCACCAGCAGCAACAACAGCACAAGAAGGCGGAGAAGAGUCAGGUUAACAUUGCUAAGAAUAAUGGAAUUCCUGUUUUGGUGACUAAUGAUAAUCCGCAUCCCCAUUCGGCUUUUCUACCUCAGUCGAUACCGACUUUUUAUCAACGGAACCGACAAUUUGGUGACCGAAGCAACCAAGAAGCUGACGAUGUUAAAACUCGUCGGAAGACCGAUAUUGAAAUUCGAUGCUCAAAACUGAAUCCACCGAUCAUAGCUGAAGUUUUGGCACACUGUGCUGCUUUCCAGGCUUCUGUGAAAAUUGCGCAACCACUGACUGAACAAUCGUGGAAUGCGUUACUUCCGAAGUUAUUGGAACAACGAGCCGGCGCCGAGGAACACGAGAAGCAGAGACAGUCCCAGAGAAAGCAAUUGGAACAACAGCUCGAGGACCGUAAGCUCCAAGAGACACAGGAGCGCGACCAGUGGGUUAAGAAAGAAAGACAAUGGGAAGAGUCCCAGGCACCGGUUCGUGAGAUGAUUGCCAAGAUCGCAGACGAAGAGAUCAAGAAUUGGCACGGUAAGGUGACAUUCGAAUCUGCACCGUCUUUUGCUGCUGCUAUCCUCACUAUUGUUCGUACCCGUUACUACGAACGGGGUGGCGUCCUAGAGACCUCACCUGUCUCUGACCCCACCUUUCCCUCAUCCUCCUCCCAUCCAUCUUCUGGUGCUUCUUCUGGGAAAGUGCGACAACUUGUCCUCGAAAACAUGAAAUAUGUUUUUGACAACAAGGUCAAGCCGAUGACCGAUCCCUUCAGACGGGAGUUGUUUUACUGCAAGGCGUGCAAAGAGAUUGCCGCGAACCCUGCCGCUGCUGCCGCCGCUUCAGGUGGUAUGAUGGUACCACCUCCACCACCAAAGCUGUACGGGUUCGAGGGCGUAAUUCAACAUUACGCCGCCAAGCAUACGACCGAUCUGAGUCUGGGGACCAUUGUGGUCCAUUGGCGAAGCUUGUGGCCCGAAGAAGCGCCAUUUGUCGUUGAUCCGAACGAGAUCAAGCGACUGAUGAUCCGCCCGCCUGGUGGCCAUCACGGCCACCACCAUCACCAUCAUCAGCCGCAUCAUCACCAAGCUGUCGGGUUGCCACAGGCACCCGUGUUGAUGAGGCCCGGUCCGCCGGUUUCCGUUCCUGUUGGUGGGGUCCCCGUCCAUGGGGGGUACCCGUACCCUUCCCACCAACCCCCGCACGGCCGACACCAGAUGCAUCCGAUGCAUCAUGGGCCGACACCACCACCACCACCUGUUGUCGCUGGGCCUGGCCCCCAGCCGGUCAUGCAGGGAUAUGGCCGAGGCAUUACGCCUCAUAGGCCGAGUGCAUAUCCGGAUCCCGGAUAUCACCCGGCACCUGUGGGCCAUCAUCCACAUGUACCGGUUGGGGUGCCACCAGCGCACCCACACCAUGGGCAUCACGCCCAUCCGUCACAGUACCCGUCGCCGUCGCCCUUGGCUGUGGGGGACCGUGGCCAGCCAUACCCACCACAGUACGCUGCGCCAACGGUGUACCCACAGCACCAACCACAGCCGCCCCAGCCUGCGCCCCAAUAUGGACCAUACGCCUCUGGAUACCCACCAGCGCAACCUCACCCGCAUUAUGGCGGGUAUGAGGUUGCGCCUCAUCACCGUCAGCACGGGGGCGUUUACGCCCAGCAACCGCUGGUCCCACAGCCGGACCCAUAUGGAGAGGCCGCCAAGCGAGAGGCGGAAGCUACCGCUGCGGCCGCUGAAGCCGCUGCUGCGGCGGCGGCCGAAAAAGACCGGAAGGACAAGCUCCGGUACAUUGCCAACUACGCGGAGCAGAUGUGGAAGAACCUUGGCGGCAUCAAGAACCUGGAGCCAUCCAUCCGCGCCUUGCAGAUGAUCCACGACACCGUCUCCUCCUUCGAGGAGAAAUUUAAGGCGGAUCUUCCGAUCCAGUUGUUUCAUGAGUCCAUCCGGACGGAGAUCGACGGUGCGAUGAAGUUUUUGAAGCCCGGGAAUAUCAAAUUCGAGUGUAGGAGUUGCCCGAAGACUUCUACUAGAACUUUUACGUUGGCAUUGCUGUUCCAGCAUUUUGAAAGCGUGCACGUAAGUCGCCCGAGCUUGGGGCCCAGUGCUGCUGAGAUUGGAGUUAAGGCGAAGCGGUUUAAUUGGCUUCUUGAUAUGAUCCGACUUCCCGUCGAAGAGGAGGUUGGGAAGCUGGUUGGCCGACAGGGGGUUGAUGUCAGGAGGAUCGGGGCUGUGGAGAAGGUGUAUCCGGGAGUGUUCCAGAAGAAAAUUGAGAUACCAAUUGUUCCUCCGGUUGCCGCCGUGGAAGUGGCACAGACAGCGCCUAAACAUGCAAGCAAGGCAUCGAUGUCUGCGGCUGAAGACUUUUUAAACAAUUUGAUUCCCCAGGCCGCUGCUGUAGAGCAAGCGAAGAAAGAGAGCUCAACGGGAAGCGAUCAGGUUGACCCAAGGGACGUCGAUAGGUCUGAAGCAACUAGUAGAACGCUUCAGAGUCAGUCUCGACAACGUUCCAGUCGAUCGAGGUCGCCGGUUUCUGUUGACAGUCGAACUAGGUCACGGUCACGCGGGCAUCGAAGAAGAGAUUCUUAUGACGACUAUUAUCAUCGAAGAGGGCCUGUUGCGCGGGAGUAUCCGGAUGAUGAAUAUAGGAGAUACGAUGGGGCGGAUGGGGCAUAUUACCCUCCGCGACCACCAGUCAACAGGAGAGCGAGUCCUGGACCAUAUGGGUAUGAAGGGCGGUUCCCUUCACCCCCAAGGAGGUAUAGAAUGUACCGCCCAAGUUAUGAUGAUUACGACGUUCCUCCUCCAGCUAGGGAAAGAUAUCCUGGACCAGCACCUUCAUCACCGCCUCCUCAAGUUAUGAGAUCCGUACGAACACCUGGGUCGCCUACUGCACCUGCUGCUGGAGUCCCACCCCCGGUUGGUGGACUCGAUUACGAUGAUCCAACGCCGCCAGCGCCGGUUAUCCCCGUCUCUGGGCAUGCUAGAGAGGCAAGAUAUACAGAUGAUGUGGAAUAUAGAAGAGCUUACGCACCAGCUCACCCACCCCCUCAUGCGGAGUAUUAUGAUCGGGUUAUGGAACGAGAGAGAUAUCCACCACCGCCUCAUGCUGCCCAACACCCGGCUUAUUACGAUCGACCCCCACAUGCGCAUCCACCACCGCCUCCUGGAAGAUACUAUGAAGAGCCCGGAUAUGUCCGUCACAGUGCUCCUCAGUAUUAUUAUGAUGAUUACGAAUACGAAAGAGGACGUGCUCCGCCGCCACCACAUGCCCCACCGCCACACCAUCCAGGUGGACACCCGGUCAGAGUUUACCGAGAGGAUUACGAGAGAUAUUACGAUCGAGAAAGGGAUUUUGGGGGGUAUCCACCUGAAGAAAGAGGUCGAGGAAGAAGCCGAAGUCCUAUGGGGAGGGAUCAGUGGGAAGACAGAGAGAGGAGAGGAUAUGCUAGAGAUAGUAGCCCUAGUGGCGGAAGUCCGGUGCAGAGCUACAGACGAGAGGCGGAUACAUAUAACAAUCAGGUUGAUGAAGGGUUGUUGGCCGGGAGGACUUUGGGACAGCUGUGGGAGGAGGCGAGGGGACAGGUUAAUUCGGACGGCUCUGAGGAAGGAGAAGAAGAUGACGACGAAGAGACAUUAUGCGGGAAUGGGGGUAUGGGUGAGGACUUGGAAGACGAUGAAAUUUCAGAGUUUUAUUACGAGACUGACGAAAGCGCAGAGUCUGGCUCCGAGACUGGUGAAAGCGCAGAGUCUGGCUUCGAGACUGGUGAAAGUGCAGAGUCUAGUUCCGAGACUGACGAGAGUGCGCAGUUUGGCUACGAGGCCGAUGAAAGUUCGGGCGAGGCGAGGAUGGAUGGGGGGACGGAUCUUAUUGGACCGGAAAGGCGUAUCAUGGCGGCGGGUUUUCGGCCUGCUGGGCUUCCUUUUCAUAAACAGGGGUGGUCGUCCUCAGACGUCUUGAGUGUUAAGGACUAA